CUUUGAUCCAUUUAUAAUUAAAUGGGCCGGCUAUAGAUUUGAUUCUUUCAAUCCAAUUACCACGAGUCGGGUCCAAGCCCAAGGGUUUUAACCCAAAUCCCACUUCCAAGCCUGGCUAAAUUUCUCCCAGAUUUACCCCUUCCCCCACUUAUCGCCAUCCCCUCAUCACGCCCAUGGCCACCGCCAUGGCAACUGCUCUCUCCCUUCCCUGCGUCCCGUCCCCGACUCACAUCAAACCCCACCUCUCUUCCUCUUUCCUCCCUCCCUUCUCCUCCUCCUCCUUCCAUCCACUCCUCCGCCGCGGGCCCUCUAUUCUUCGCACCCCGAGGCUUCUCACCGUGAGAGCCGUGGGCCCCCGGAAGUCCUCAGGGAGACCCAAAAAGGUGGUGGGUAUCGUCAAGCUGGCUCUGGAGGCGGGGAAGGCGACGCCGGCCCCGCCGGUGGGCCCCGCCCUGGGGUCCAAGGGCGUCAACAUCAUGGCCUUCUGCAAGGAGUAUAACGCUAAGACGGCAGAUAAGUCCGGAUACGUCAUUCCUGUCGAAAUCACUGUCUACGAUGAUAAGAGCUUUACUUUUAUCUUGAAGACUCCUCCUGCUUCGGUUCUGCUCCUCAAGGCUGCAGGAGUUGAGAAAGGUUCGAAAGAACCAAAGCGAGAGAAGGUGGGGAAGAUAACCAUCGAGCAGCUACGUGCAAUAGCAACAGAAAAGCUGCCGGACUUGAACUGCAAAAAUAUUGAAUCUGCCAUGAGAAUUGUAGCAGGUACUGCAGCUAAUAUGGGCAUCGACAUCGACCCUCCAGUACUUGAACCCAAGAAGAAAGUACUUCGAUAGCAUCCCGUUUUUUCCAUUCAACUGUCAUUUUCCUCAACAGGAAUGUGUAGAUUGUCCAAUCGUGUAUUGGAGCCCCUACUUGGUCCGGAGAUAUUUUUGGUUUGUCUGGAUGUUCUGAUAGAAGCUCUUUUUUCCCUAUGAAAGUUGGUCGAGUAGUAAUUUGAAAUAUUGCCAACAUGGAAAGGCUUUUUCUAUAUGAACUCUAUUGCAGGCCUGAAACCUGUAAAAUUUGUUUUCCUUCCCUCAAAGGAAGCUAUGAAAUACUUGUCUGAUGAUAGUUACAUUAUGGAAUGCAGCCUGCGAUUUAUCCAUAA